GUACAACCAGAAGAAAGUGUCACCCCAUCCCCAUGGCCAGUUUAUUUUGAGGAUACGCAGCAGCCAUGCCUCUGGUCGUGAUGUGCGGUUUCCCGUGUAGCGGCAAAACGCGACGGGCGGAGGAGCUGAAGGUUCAUUUCGAACAAAGCUCAAAAGCCAAGGUUCACAUUGUGGGAGACGGAGCUCUGGGUGUUGACAAAAACAGUGUUUACGCAGAUUCCCAAAAGGAGAAAAAUGUCCGAGGCUCUCUGAAAGCCGAGGUAGAGAGAAAAGUCAACAAGGACGACAUUGUGAUUUUGGACUCAUUAAAUUACAUUAAAGGCUACCGCUAUGAACUGUUCUGUCUCAUCAAACACGCACAGACACCCCACUGCUUGGUUUACUGUUUGACGUCAGAUGAACAGAGCUCGUCGUGGAACAGCGGUCGAGAGGCUGCUGAGCAGUACACACAGGACAUCUUUGACGCGUUAGUUCUUCGAUAUGAAGCUCCAGACUCCAGAAACCGAUGGGACAGUCCUCUCUUCUCCAUCCUGAAGGACGACACGCUCCCGUUUGAAGCCAUCUCCGACGCACUUUUCAAAAGAAAAGCACCCGCACCUAACCAGUCUACGCAGAGUCAACCGCUGUCGUCUUCAAACUUCUUGUACGAGUUGGACAAGAUCACACAAGAAGUCUUAGUGGCAAUUUUCAACUCACAGAAGACAAGUGUUCCCGGGGAUCUCAUAUCAGUUCCAGGAGCUACAGAAAAGAUCGAGCUCACCAGGGGCAUCAACAUGGCAGAGCUGCGGAAACUACGGCGCCAGUUCAUCAGCUACACCAAGACGCACCCGACAGAGAACACGGGGAAAAUCUCCAACAUGUUUGUGCAGUAUCUAAAUAAGAGCCUAAACUGAAGACUACUAUCUCUGGCCUGUUUUUUGUUCCAAAUAAAUGUAUGUAAAUAUUUA